UCCAUUCCUGAGCUGUGUAUAUCGAUCGGACAGGACUUAGUUUCUGAAAUUUUUUCUCUGUUCCACUUCGCAUUAUUUUUAAUAAUAUAGACUUCUUUUGAAAAGCAGCUGUUCUUUUGGGAAAAGUUUACGGUUAACUCGAUUCCAUGUAAAAUGCUUAAAAUUCAGCCUCCUACCAUUGAGGAAGCAACUGAAGAUUUUAAAAAACUGAACAUUGAUUCGUCUCAAGAUUGGAAUGAAAUUUCUAUGUUAAAAGUUAACGGCUCACUAAUUGACAAACGCGGAAGUGUGCAGCUGAGUGUAAUAAGUGAUGAAAGUCGCAGACAUAGUCUUUUUGAAGAGGAAUAUCAAGUAGAGAAUGCGAAAAGUGCCGACUCGUCUGACCAAGAGACUGAUGAAGACAGAAAGAGAAAACGACAGGAAGAAAUGUUUACCGAUAAAGCGAGAGCCGCAAUGGUAGUUAUUGGAGCGAAAGACAUAAAAGAAGCUCUGGAACACAAAAAAGCUGUCGAAGUUUUUCGAAAGACACCUGAAGCUCGUAGUGCUUCCAUUCUUUUCCAGCAAGCUCGAUUUUUGAUGAAGCAACAUAGGUUUAAAGAAGCUUUAAAUUUCAUUAACAGGGCUUUAGCUACAGAUCCAGAAAAUAAGGAAUGGUUAACAGAAAAAUGUCGCUGUUUUUUUCGAAUGUUACAGCCCGAAACUGCUUUGAGUCACGUAAAUGAAGUUCUCAAGAAAGAUCCUGAGUAUUUCCACAUGACUCCGUCUCCGGCCAGUGAAUCUUUCUUAACACCAUCCCAGUCUAACUCUUCAAUAAGCCGUCGACCCUCGUCAGCUUUGUCUCCUUAUUCCAAAGAGAAAUCAUCAGCCUUAACAGACAAAGAAGAUGUGAGACAUCAAACAAUAAGACCUGUAACAUCUCAUAUAUCAAGAAGAUCCCAUUCUAGAGUGAUUUCCGAUGGAUCGACGAAGAUUAGUAGUGAACGAAUAGAUCAGAAAACUUUGAAUGUUAGGCCUAAGACAGCUGCAGCAAGAAAGAACAGAGAAAGAGCCGAAGCUUAUACCAGCGAAUGGUUUGCCUUUUCUCCGUCAGCUUCACAUAUAGAUUCACCACUUUUACUGUCAAAACGAAGUCCAGACGCCAGUACUGAAUCUUUAUCGUAUUCUUUAUCAAGUUCUGCAGAAGAUGUUCCUAAGGUUGAAGCACUAAAACAAGAUUUGCCAAGGGUUCAUCCUUCGACAGCAAGAAGCAAAAAAGCCAAAGAGCGACCAAAGAGUUGCAUCGCUCCCAGUAUAUCUCGUUCCUUAAGUCAGGACAAAAAGUUCCUGCAGGGUAUUUUACGAGAUAAAGGUCUCAAAAGAGCACAAACACCAUACACGAAGCGCGUGCUUCGGAUAGCACGCGAUGCACAUAAAUUCGUGACAGACCGUGAAAAGUACUGGAAGAACAGAGAGCGCUUCAUUCGCUAUGCUACUCCUGACUCUGAGGACGAUCUUCGCAAGUCCUAA